CUCAUAGGGCGGGGACAAAGCGCCGAUUUGCGUUGGCGCCCUCUCUCUCUCUCUCUGUGCCCGGCGCUCUGUCUAGAGUGCCGUUGUCUUGCCCGUCGUCUCCACGGACGCCGUUGCUCCCCGACAUUCCGUGUUCUCUGGUUAGCCACCAUCACGGGACUGCACUUCACUGUUGAGAAGAAGAGCCACCGUCACCAGCCACACUGCACUUUACUGUUGAGAAACCACCUGUUAAAAAGUGCUGCCUAACCCCUUCGAGUCUCUGCCUAUGUUCGAGAGUCGCGUCCACUGGACCAUGUAAAACUAUUUGUGCAGUGCCUUUCAGCUAAAAACUUCUGGCUUCGCCACUACUUGGUUGCAAUGGAAGUGGAAGAUGCAGUAGAGGAAGGGGAGGAGUUCGGCUUUGCUCGUAACUACUUCCUAGCCAAGGAAUUGGGAUCACCCAAGGGCAAGAAACUCCGCAAGAAGCUCUCUGAUAUUGACCCUGUUGAUGAGCAGGAGCUGAGAGCAGCAGCUUCCAGACUGGUGGUUAAACAUGAAAAGGAGACAGCAGCUCUACUAAGAAGCUAUAAACGCUUAUAUCCAACAUGGUGUUUUGAGCUCAGGUGUGGCUUCAGCCUUCUAAUGCAUGGCUUUGGUUCCAAAAAGGCCCUACUUGAAGAUUUUGCUUCAGCUUGCUUGACUGAUGGUGCAGUUUUUGUCCUCAAUGGCUACCUCCAAUCCAUCAAUAUCAAGCAUGCCAUGGCAUCUGUUGCUGAGAUUCUGUGGGAUGAGAUGAAGAGAAAAAGGAGAAUUCCCUCAGGGAGCAAAUCUAAAGUUGCACAGCCCUUUGCAUCACAGUCUAUGGAUGAGCUUCUUCAGUUCUUGGAUGGGUCACAAUUAAAGGAGAAUGACUGCAUUGUUUCUGUCAUCAUUCACAAUAUUGAUGGCCCUGGUUUACGAGAUUGUGAAUCACAACAAUCUCUUGCUCGUCUGGCAUGCUGCUCUCAAGUUCGACUUAUCGCAUCAAUUGACCAUGUGAAUACACUUCUCUUGUGGGACAAGAAAUUGGUUGCACAGUUUAACUGGAGUUGGUACCAUGUCCCAACUUUUGCACCUUACAAGGUCGAAAGUACCUUUAUGCCCAUGAUUCUUGCAAAUAGUGGCUGUGUUCAGAAUAUGAGAACAGCUGCAAUAGUCCUACAGAGUUUGACACCAAAUGCUCAAAGUGUCUUCAGGAUCCUUGCAGAACAUCAAUUGGCUCACCCAGAGGAAGAAGGAUUGGCACUUAACCUUCUGUACGCCAAAUGCCGGGAGAAAUUUGUAGUUAGCAGCCAAGUCACGCUGAAUUCUCACUUGACAGAAUUCAAAGAUCAUGAGUUAGUCAAAACCAAAAGAAAUUCUGAUGGUUUAGAUUGCUUGUGUAUUCCACUUCCAAGUGAGGCCCUUGAGAAAUUAUUGCAAGAGAUUGGAUAAAAUUUUUAUCAUGGAUGUCGUUGCUGCUUGUAGAGCGGGAGAUAUGUUUCAGGGUCCGGCUGAUCAUAAGAAGACAAACUCACACAGGCAACUAACUCGCACUUCUACCGCUAAAUGUUCUUUCGCACUGGAUUUUCAGGUGCAGGGUUUCUCCACCAUGACUGAGAAGGUGUACUCAAGACCAGUCUGCUGAUGGUUUAAAAAUAUUUGAGUAUGCAUUUAUAUUGGCGAAAAGCUUGUAUUUGUACUGACAGUCUAAAUGUGUCAUAUGUAAAAUUACUUUUUAAGUUGAAGCAUUAACUAUGAUUCAUCUUCUUUCAA